AUGGACCAAUUUCGAAAAGAGGCCCGCGUGGUUUUACAGCAAGAUCCUUGGACUCUGAGCCAGUCAGCGCUUCCUCGACUCCCAUCGUCGGGAAAGAGAGUCAAGGGUGGCCUGCCCGAGUUAUGGCAGAAUAUUUCAACCUACGACCACAGCACCCGCAUGAAUGUCUGCGAAAGCUUGUAUGCCGCACUUGCUUUCAUUGAGGCGAUUCCUCCCCAGCUGCUGCCCGAUGAUUCGGGUUGCCGACAGCUUGAAGGUGACGAAAUCACGGCGGCGUCCAACCUGUUCAAAUGGGCCAAUGAAGCAGCUCUACCGUCAUCGGAAUUUGCAGCAUGUUUUGACGACAAUGUCGAGGUGACAGCAGAGAUCAAAAAGGCCCAGCAUGAAAGUAUAUUGAAAGGGUCACUUGCCUUGGAGUUCCUUUGUCUUUUCAAGGCACAGACAAAUGCAACUUUACCAAAGCGUCGAACCUCAACUGCGCCGGAUACUUUGCCGGAUUCUCUAAUUACCAUGGCUACUUUCAUGUCCGGGCAAUAUCCAUGGUGCACAGAUGAUACUGGAAUGACAGCCGACAUGUACUUCUGCGGGGGCUGGACUCAUAUGUGGGACACCAUUGAAAUGAUACUCAAAGAAAAGAUUCGACCUCUUUUUACGAAACAGAGGAAUCCUAAUAUCACGAACGAGGGCCGCAAGGACUUCCACCCUGUGCCUUUGCCUCGUUUUGACGGAAGUGCACUCGACGAUUCGGCAAAGCCAUGGAAGAAUACGGACAUCUAUGCUACCACCGUUCUGUCCUGGAUUGUAUCUCAGUACAAACCUGCCGACAAGAAGCAUCUGGAAGCGCACUUCUCAUCCCUGGUCCCUACUAUCCUUGCUUUAAUAGACGAUAGCUCGAUUUCCUUCAAGGUGAAGGGCUGUCAGCUUCUCAAUCAGCUACUCAACACGAUUCAAGAAAGUGGCUCCGAUAUCCUCAUUCGAACAAACCUUAUUCCUGUCUUCGAAGAGGCCAUCAAACCAAGCCUUCUUUCCCUCCCCACAAUCACUCCGGAAGAAAAAUCACUCCAGAUGCUGGGCGCCGCUUACCCAGUCCUGAUUGCUCUCUUCAGAGCUGCAUCCAGCAAGAAUUCUUCAAAGGCACAAAAGACUGAGACUUACAAUGCGAGUCUCGCUAAGAUCCUUCGGUCAAACCUGAUCUCGUCUUACAACCACAUUAGCUCCUCAAACCCAACCUAUGAGUCCUCGGCCUCCUUCCCGCACCCAAAGCUAUCAACUUUCCUAAUGGACGAGAUCACUAUUGUUGUCAAUGAUCUUGGUAUUGAAACUACCAAGUACCUCCAGGACAUCGUCCCCCUACUAAACAUGACCCUCGCGAAUCCAUUCGGGUCUGCGUACCCUCCACUUCUCUCCGCCGCCAUAUCAACAACAAAAUCGGUAAUACUGAACGCCCAUCCUCGUAUUUGGAGAUGGCGUGGUGAGAUAUUGGCCGGGCUAUGUGCGUGCUGGCUGCAUGUUGCUGCAGAGAACAAAGGAAAAGCGGGGGACACUGCUCUCGUGAAGCAGCUUGCCAAGUUGACAAAAGAGCUAAGAAGCGCCAUUGUUGUGCUGAAGCAUGCUUUGCAAAACCCUGUUUCGCCAGUUGCGGACCAGCUUCGUACCAAAGAGGAGAUGAGCGCAGAACUCCAGAAGCUUGUUGAUGCCGAUUCCGAAUUAGCCGGUCUUUUAUUCACCGAUGCAAAGUCACAAAGUGAGAACCAAACAAAAUAUCUACAUUCAUAG